AUGAUUAUUUUAUUUAGUGUUAUAGGAAUUAUUCAUUGCUUUCACAUUAACAAGCAGGGAAAUUUUGUAGAUGAUGUAUAUAAUAAUUUAAUAUCUAGGAUGGAACAAUAAGAAUAUUUCAUGGAUUGAAUAUUGUUUACAAACCACCUCCAUAUUAUCCAAUAAUGGAUCAUUUUGAUGUUAUGACAUCUUUUUCUGAUUUGGAUUGCUAGCUCAUUACUAGUUUGGGGUAAGUUAAUAAAUAAAUUGAUAUUUAGUUUCAAUAUUAUAAGAUUACAUGUUGCAUUUGAAGCUGGUAUGCCAAAUAAAGGAAUUUUAAAUGACGAAUAUAUUUUACAUAUAAGAGAAAUAGUAAGAUUGGCUGCAAAAUAUGAUAUUUAUGUGAUUCUUGAUGCUCAUUAAGAUUUAUUAAAUAGACAAUUUUGUGGAGAAGGAUUUCCAGAUUGGGCAGUAACUAAAUUUGACUUUCCUUCUCCUCAAAAAAUUGAACUUAAUUAUGAUGAUUAAGGAUAUCCCUUAAUUGAAGAUUGUUUAAAAGUGGGAAAUUUUGCAAAAUUUUAUUUAACUUCUGAUGUAGGUAGAAAUAUGGAAUCAAUUUUAAAAAAUGAAAAUGGAGUAGCUGAUAUGUUUGGUUUGUUUUGGAAAAGAGUUGCUGAAAUACAUAGAGAUGAAUGGAAUGUAUUAGGAUAUGAAAUCAUGAAUGAACCAUCAUCAGGAAAUUAUCAAAAAAAUAAAAUUUAAUAUUUAUGGCCUGGUUGGGCUAAUAAUCAUUUAAUUAUGCCAUUCUAUUAACUCAUUAAUAAAUAUAUAAGAGAAGUUGAUACACAAAAACUAGUAUUUUUUGAACCUUAUUUCACAGAUGCAUUUGGAGGAGGAUUUAAACAUAAUAUUGGAGGAAAGAAGUAUUAAAAAAAAGAAGUUUUGAGUUAUCAUCUCUAUUGUGGAAUAUGUAUUCAAUUAUAAUAUAAUUAUAGGGAAAAUAUCACCAUUUUUAUGUAAAUAAGUUUAUAAUUUUAUGUAUCCUUUAAAAAAAUUAAAUAUGAAUCAUCUUAAAACUGGAGCAAUGUUAACAGAAUUUGGAUCUUUACCUAAUGAACCAUUUGCUCAAAAUAUUUUAAGUUUUAUGUUAGAUAAAGCUGAUAAUUAUUUAUAAUCAUGGGCUUAUUGGUAAUAUAAAGGUUUUAAUGAUUAUACUUCUUCUUCAAGUAUGCUUGAUGAAAGUAUUUUUAAUGAAGAUGAAUCACUUUAAAAACAUAAAAUCUAAGCUUUAGUUAGGCCUUAUGCUUAGUCAAUUUGUGCUUCAAAAAUAUAUUAUUCAAAAUAUAAUCAUAAAAAAUAAAAAUUUAGUUUGAAAUAUAAUCCAAUUCCUAAUUGUAAGACAAUAAUCUAUAUACCUUCAAUAAAUGAAUUUACAGUUGGUUUUAGAUUUACUUGUAAAUCCAAGAUUAUAUGUUCCUUAUCUUAAGCAGAUGAUUAUACUUGGUCAGUUGAAAACUUUUCAGGAAGAGUAAAAUUAACUAUUUAACCAAGUUUAUUAAGUAAAUCUAAAUAAUGA